UAAACCGGAUCUGCGGCUAGAACCGGUUUUCUUGUUCCACCAACCUCAUUCUCCCCGACUCCGGCGCCGAUUCUAUCCGGAGCAAUAUCGUCGCCGGAAUAAUCACUCAUCAACAACUCAUUUGCUUCUUCUUCUUCUCCUCCUAUGGACUAUUUCUCUGCUUUUCCGAUCAAAGCUCAUUAUAGAAAAAUCAACCCUCUCUAACAAGUUGAAGAGAAAAAUCGAUAAGAUGUCAUCUCUUAUCUCGUCGAAGCCUCUCUCCCCCAACAACUGCGCUUCAAUAUCCUUCCACUCUCACCUCAACCCCUUUCCACUUCUCCGCCUUCCCCUCUCUCGAACCUCUAAUACCCCAAGCCUCCCAUCGAUUCAAUGCGGACUCCGUCAAAUUCGGGAGAGAAUCGAGACGGUGAAGAGCACGCAAAAAGUCACCGAAGCAAUGAAGCUCGUAGCGGCGGCGAAGGUGCGGAGAGCUCAGGAGGCCGUCAUCAACGGCCGCCCCUUUGCCGAAUCCCUCGUGGAAAUGCUCUACAGCAUCAACGAGCAGUGCCAAUUGGAUGACGUGGAAGUCCCGUUAACGGCCGUUAGGCCCGUCAGGAGUGUUGCCCUAAUUGUCGUCACCGGCGAGAGGGGGCUUUGCGGGGGUUUCAACAACGCCAUAUUGAAGAAGGCCGAGCUGCGGAUGGAGGAAUUGAGGAAUCAAGGGCUGGAUUGCACUUUGAUCAGCGUUGGGAAAAAGGGGAAUGCCUAUUUUAGAAGGAGGGAUGAUGUGAAAGUGGAUAGGUUUGUUGAGGGGCAGAGCUUCCCCACAACUAAAGAAGCUCAAGUGAUUGCUGAUUAUAUUUUUUCAUUGUUUCUGUGUGAGGAAGUUGAUAAAGUUGAGCUUUUGUAUACCAAAUUCGUUUCGUUGAUCAAGUCUGAUCCGGUUGUGCAUACUCUGCUUCCUCUGUCCGCGGAGGGGGAAGUUAGGGAUGUCAAUGGGAGGAGUAUCGAUGUAGGGGAUGACGAGUUCUUUCGACUGACUACCAAGGGAGGGAAGUUGGCAGUCAAGAGGGAUCACGUGACAGUGAAGAAGAAGAAGGGAAUGGUGCCUGUUUAUGAGUUCGAGCAGGAUCCUGCGCAGAUUCUUGACGCGCUGAUGCCUCUGUAUUUGAAUAGCCAGAUCUUGAGGGCAUUGCAGGAGUCAUUUGCCAGUGAACUGGCUUCUAGGAUGAAUGCAAUGAGUAAUGCUACUGAUAACGCGGUGGAGUUGAAGAAGUCCCUUUCAAUGGCUUUGAAUCGUGAAAGGCAGGCAAAGAUCACUGGCGACUUGUUGGAGAUUAUUGCAGGAGCAGAGUUCCUUAGGGAUUCAGAUUGAUUUGAUGGAUAAUGGUUUGGCUCUUCUUAAUGUCACUAUUAUGAGUUUGUCCAUCAUUCUUUCGAGAUUCAUACUUUGGAGAAGUGAUGUACCUUUUGCAUCUCCUCAUUCACUUCAGGUUUUCAGUGUACUUUCAUAACAUCCUCUACUUUUACAGUUCUAUUGUUUUGCUGAGGUAGGGAGUUAAGGUAAGUUAUAGAGGAUCUUACAGCUAUAUUGUUUUGCUGAGGUAGGAAUUUAAGUAAGUUGUAAACUAUUGUCUGUUUUUAGAUUGAAAAAAGGUGUUGGAUCAUCUUCUGUGUAGAAGAACUGUAGUGAUUAUCUCAAUGCUACUUGGGGUAAAGAGUCUGAAAUGAGAUACAACAGUGAAA